AUGACGCCGCACGUGCCGAGAGAGCACCGGCAGUGGCACGCGCCCCCCGAGGAAGUCCCACCGAUGAGCGUCGAGGACGUGGCCGCCAUCGAGGCCAUCCUCGGCUACAAGUUUGCCGACAAAUCCCUUGUUAAGCUCGUGCUCACGCAUGGCUCCUUCUACUUCCCCUACCGCCUCGGGGACACCUACGAGCGCCUUGAGUACCUCGGCGACGGCGUCCUCACCUGCCUCAUGUUGCGGGAGGUCUUCCGUACCUACGGCACCCUCCCGCCCGGCCCGCUCACCAGGCUCCGCGCCGCUAACGUCGACACGGAGAAGCUCGCACGUGUCACUGUCCACCCGCGGCCUCCACCGCUUCCUCCGCCACAAGGCACCCAAACUCCAAGACCAGGUUCAGUUGUAUACCCAAACUCCAACAACAGCUUCUACACUAACUUUAUUGUCCGCCGCUACCUGUGUGUUUUGUGUGAUAUUGUGGAAUCUCUUAUUGGUGCCAUAUACUGGGACUCCAACUUCGACCAAGAGGUUUGGCGGGUCUUUCGAACUUUGGCUGAUCCACUUAUUGGCUUAGAGACAUUAGGAAAGCACCCUGUAACCGAGCUUUUUGAGUUUUGCCAAAAGACUCGGCGAGGGGUGAAAUUUGUGAAAGAUGAAUGGAAUAAGAGUUUGAAGGUUGAGGUGUUGGUUGAUGGUGAGCUGGUUGCAAGUGCUACUUAUGGUCAAAAGAAGGAGAUAGCUCAGAACCGUGCUGCGAAGGCUGCUCUGGAUAAGCUAAAGGAAACACUUGGACAGACCCAAAGUGAAUCAGGGUCGGCAGAUGUUUCUGAGGCAUUGGACGAACUAGACAUAGCUGGAACACUAAAAUGUCAGUGA